AUGGCAUACCAUUUAGCACUACCGCCACAGCUCGCAGUGGUGCACAAUGUUUUUCACAUCUCAAUGUUACGGAAAUAUGAGUCACACCCUUCCCAUGUUAUCAACUGGGAAGAGAUUGAUCUCAAUGAAGAUGCAAGUUUUGAGGAAAUGCCUUUAAAGAUUAUGGAUCGACGAGAAAAGAACCUACGAGGCAAAGUCAUCCACUUAGUGCGAGUGUUAUGGCAGCAUUGUGGUAUAGAGGAGUCAACGUGGGAACGAGAAGAUAUGAUACGUGCCAAUUACCCUCCAACUUUCAAGUCUAAAAGUAUGAAUUAA